GGAGGUUUGGAGGGAGGGACCAGCCAGCAGCCCCCUCCCCCAUCAUCUCCCCGCGGGCUCGCACGAAGACCGGUCCUGGGCUCUUGGAGAGCUGGGUCCCGGCUCGACUGGCGGGGGUGGCAGGGGGUGGCAGAGGGUCUCAGGGGGUCGCAGGGUGGGGGGGCCAUGGCGGGACAGGGGUCGCCGCUGCUGCUUCUCGCCUGCCUCCUCCUGCCAGGACUGCGACUCUGCCAGGGAGCCAAGCUCCUGACCCUCUCCUUCCUAGGGGGUAGCCAUUUCCUUCUGAUGGACGAGAUUUCUCAGCUUCUUCAGGAGCACGGUCAUGAAGUGAGGAUGCUGCAACAGGAAGGACUCACUUUGAUUCCAGGUUUAAAGUCUAAGAGGUCCGGAACGUACCAAAUUACAACUUGGUCUUCCAGUGAGGACUAUAAAAGAAAGUACUUAAAAGAUUUUGAGGACUACCAAGAAGAUUUUCUGCAGGGCAGAAAUUACUUUAGCCGUUUUUUGGAGUUUAUGGGGCAUCUUGCCACCCAGUGCAGUUUCAUCUUAAACAACUCGGAUGUCUUGGACUUCCUUAAGAACCAGAAACUGGACCUGCUGGUCCUGGAUGCCUUUGAUCCUUGCACCUUCCUGAUUGCUGAGAAAAUCGGGCGUCCCUCCGUCGCCAUCCUGUCCACCUCGUUCAACUACCUCCCGGUUUGGCAUCCCAGCCCGCUGUCUUACGUGCCCGUUCAACAUUCCUCCUUAACCGACCGUAUGGGAUUCUGGGGGAGAGUGAAGAACUGCCUGAUGUUCCUUUCUUUCCCUGUGACACAACGUCAGAUCCAGGCUCAGUUUGACGAAGUCAUUAAGGAACAUUUCCCAUCAGGGGCCAGACCUUCGCUGCCAGAUCUUUACCGAAAACCAGAGCUGUGGAUGGUUAAUUCUGACUUUUCUUUUGAGUUUACUCAGCCUCUUCUUCCAAACACGGUUUAUAUUGGAGGCCUAAUGGCAAAACCUGGCAAACCAUUACCUCAGGAAUUUGAAGACUUCAUAGCCAGCUCUGGAGAAGCUGGCUUCAUCCUUGUGACCCUGGGUUCCAUGGUUGCUUCUUUCCGGGUCUUGGAAGUCAUGAAGGAGAUGAACGCUGGGUUUGCGCUCCUUCCCCAGGCGGUCAUUUGGAGAUUCCAGCUUUCCCAAUGGCCUAAAGAGGUUCCGUUGGCCACCAACGUGAAGAUUGUGGAGUGGCUCCCCCAGAAUGAUCUACUAGCUCAUCCAAAGGCCAAACUUCUCGUGACUCACGGUGGGAUCAACAGCGUGAUGGAGGCCAUCCACCACGGGGUCCCCAUGGUGGGCAUCCCGCUCUUCGGAGACCAGUUCGACAACAUGGUCCGCGUGGAGGCCAAGACCCUGGGGGUCACCGUCCCGGUAACGCAGCUGAAGGCAGAGAUGUUUGCCCACACGAUGAAACGAGUCAUAGAAGACAGGAGGUAUAAAUCCUCAGCGGUGGCGGCAAGUACGAUCAGGCGCUCCCACCCGUUCCCGCCCGCCCAGCGGCUGGUGGGCUGGAUCGACCACAUCCUGCAGACGGGCGGUGGGGACCACCUCCGGCCCUUCGCUUUCCAGCAGCCCUGGUACGAGCAGUACAUGCUGGACGUCAUCUCCUUCCUUGUGGCGCUCACCCUGGCCUCCGGGUUCCUCUGUGUGAUGCUGGGGAGAGUGGCCCGCCGCCGGCUGUGUGGACUCAGGAAGCUCAAACAGACGUGACUAGGAAAACCACCAGGCGAGAGGCCAAGUGGCCACGGAAAAAGACGCAUUGGCCAACCGUCAACCUUGACCUUCUCAUCGGACGCGCUCCUGAGUGGUCUGGUCUUGUCACUGGCUUUUCCCUUCCAGUCCCGACCGUUCGGUACCCUCUGCUCUCUCCCUCGGCCAGGUCUCUGUCCUGACCGCGUUUCUCCCCCACUCAGAGCUCACCAGGAAUCCCCCAGGAUCAACCACCCUAGAGCCAAUGCUCGUUCCACCAAACUACUCCAAUCCCUUCCCAAUUCUCUCCUCAUCUCCCUGGGCACUUCCAGUAAUCUGGUCAAUUAAACUUUCUUCUAGACCUGA